AUGAAACUAUCAGUCUCAAAAAUAGAAAAUGCAAAGAAACUAUCAAAAUUAUGUUCAGUGUUAUCAAAGAUAUCAAAUGAAUUGAAUCUUAUAUUGACACCUGAUUUAUUAAAGAUUGUUGUAAAGACUGAUAUAAGUGAUGGAACAGAGGUUUGGUAUGAAUCACCUAUAGAAUUCUUUUUUGAUAAACGAGAGGUACAAAGUGUGUACAAUAACAUUAUUGGACUUCAAAUCAGUACGUCAGAGUUUAAACAAGUACUCAAUAGUAUACUGUCGAUGGGUGGACAAGAGACUAGUCUAAGACUACGAAGAGAUCAAAAGUUGGGUGUUAUUCUAAAGUUUGAUAUCAAGCAACAAGCUAGAACACAGGUAAUCACACAAGAUCUAUCGGUGACUGUACUCAACAAAACAACAUUGGAGGAAUUACAAGAACCAAUGUUUUCGGCACCUGUAUCUAUCAUGUUGCCACCACUCAAACAUUUGAUGGGUGUAAUGGAUAGACUUAAAAACAUAUCAGACGAUUUAGUGAUCGAAGCCAAUAAUAGUGGUCAUUUGAAAUUCACGGUAGAAACACAUUUUGGUAAAGUUACGACAAUGUAUCAUACUGCCAAUCCACCUACACCCAACAUGGAAGUAAAUGGAAAGGCAAUUGUAAAAGUAGAUAUUCGUAAAUUUGUUAAAGUCAUUGCCAGUCAUCAACUCGAUGCCGAUCAAGCAGUCAUGGUACUCAAAGAAGGUUAUAGUGUUGCUUUCUUUCUUGUAUUUAAAACCCAACGUGCUUCUCUUGCUUUUUAUUUACCAAUUAAACUUAAUAACUCUCUCCUUCAACCCCAACCCAGUACAAACAAGUUCCCUAAACAACCAAACAACCAACCAACCAACUCUCUUUCAACAAUGUCUACCAAGAAAUCAACCUCUUCAACUAAAAAGGCACCAGCUGCCAAAAAGACCCCUUCUCAUCCACCCUACUUUGAUAUGAUCAGUGCUGCGAUUGCUCAUUACAAGGAUCGUACUGGUUCGUCCAUCCACGCCAUCAAAAAGUACAUGGAAGAGAAUUACACGCUCGGUGACAACUGGGAGACCCACUUCAAGGUACAAUUAAAGCGUGCCAAGGAAGACGGCAAGCUCGUCCAAGUCAAGGCAUCUUACAAGCUACCACCAAAGACUGCCGCCGCACCAGCCACCAAGAAGCCCGCCGCCAAGAAGGGUGCCAAGAAAGCUGCCGCCGCCUCACCAGCCACCGAUGCCGCUGCCUCGACCGACUCGGAUGCUGAGAAGAAGGCUGCCACCAAGAAGGCUGCCGCUCCCAAGAAACCAGCCGCUCCAAAGAAGACUGCUCCAGCCAAGAAGGCCGCCCCUAAGAAACCAGCUGCCAAGAAGAACGCAAAGAAGGCUGCCAAAUAA